GAUGAGCGAGGAGGGGGCGGGCGGGGCCCGGCGGAGCGGCGGCGCCUUCCCCAGCCUGGAGCAGAUGGUGGCCGCCAGCCCCGGGAAGACGCCCAUCAGCCUCCUGCAGGAAUAUGGGACACGCUUAGGACGGACCCCCGGCUACGACCUGCUCAAGGCCGAGGGCCAGGCCCACCAGCCCAACUUCACCUUCCGCGUCACCCUCGGGGACAUCAGCUGCACCGGUGGGACCCCA